GUGUAUUUGCUGUGCGGGCAAGGAGAGCAGACGGGAAACAGCAUGGGAAGAAAGACUGUUUUGCUCCUAUUGGUGGGCAUUUUCAUGGCAUAUUAUGUUUAUACACCUCUCCCAGAUAACAUUGAGGAGCCAUGGAAACUAACUGGGUUUAACCUCAUAUUAAAAACUAUAUCAGAUAUAGAGGAAAAAUGGCGACGGAAUAGAGCCCUGGUUGGUGAACUCCUGGGAAUCAACCAUUUCAUGAACACUCUAAUGUUUCUCAUGAGCUUUCAAGAUGUCCCACCCACAUCUGAUGAAACUGUCACUGUGAUGGACACCACUUUCAGCAAUGUUCCUGUCCGUGUAUAUAUACCAAAGCGCAAGUCAGAGGCGCUAAGAAGGGGCUUAUUUUACAUUCACGGUGGUGGUUGGUGUUUGGGAAGUGCUGCUUAUUAUUCUUAUGAUAUAUUGUCAAGACGAACAGCUAAUAGACUUGAUGCUGUUGUCAUUUCAACCAACUAUAGACUAGCACCUAAAUACCACUUUCCAAAUCAAUUUGAAGAUGUGUAUAAUGUAUUAAAGUGGUUCUUAUGCCAAGAUAUUCUUAAAGGCUAUGGUGUAGAUCCCAAAAGAAUUGGUAUUUCUGGAGACAGUGCUGGAGGAAAUUUAGCUGCAGCAGUGACUCAACAGAUCAUAGAUGAUCCAGAUGUCAAGAUCAAACUCAAGAUCCAGUCUUUAAUUUAUCCUGCCCUUCAGACUCUGGAUAUGGAUUUACCAUCUAUACGGGAAAACUCACAUUUUCCAGUUCUGCCCAAAUCACUUAUGGUCAGGGUUUGGAGUGAAUACUUUACCACAGACAGAUCACUUGAAAAAGCCAUGUUGAUCAAUCAACAUGUACCAGUGGAAUCAAGCUACCUCUUCAGGUUUGUUAAUUGGAGUUCUUUGCUCCCAGAGAAGUUUAAGAAAGGGCAUUUUUAUAGCGGUCCAACUCAUGGUCCUUCUGAGCUAGCUAGAAAGUAUUCAGGGUUUCUAGAUGUGAGGGCAGCCCCCUUGUUAGCUGAUGACAACAAGUUGCAUAGCUUACCCUUGACCUAUGUAAUCACCUGUCAAUAUGAUGUCUUAAGAGAUGAGGGAAUCAUGUACGUCACCCGACUUCGGAAUGCUGGAGUGAGGGUGACCCAUAACCACAUUGAGGAUGGAUUCCAUGGAAUAAUUACCUUUCCUGAAUUUAAAAUUGGACAUAGAGUAGAAAAUCAGUAUCUGAGUUGGCUAAGUGAAAAUCUAUAGUAAAUAUCUUAGCAGUGGUUUAUAAAAAUAUGUAAGCCUCAAAUAUAAAACAUUAGUGAGAAUCAAAAGGUUAUGUUUAAAUUUCUCUUUAUUACCCGUGACCUUUCUAAGGUCCCCUGAACCAUUGUGAUUUUUUGUUGUUGUUGUUUUGGGAUUUUUUGUUUGUUUGUUUUUUGUUUGCUUUUUUACUGAGUGGAUUCUCUAUUUCUUAUCCUAAGUGUUAUUUACUCACAUCUGUUAUCUUAGAAAAUGUCUACAUUCUUAAAUAUUUUUUCUUGCUACUAAAGGCCUAAGAGAUCGCUGGUAUUAAUUUUGGUAUCCUAGGGCAGAAAUAGGCUUGGUAACAUUAAGAAAUGGAUUUUAUAGUAGUAGAUGGCAUUAUAUUGAAGCAAAUACUUUGAAAAACAGUUGGCACAGAAGUCAUAUUAGUUAGUGCCUACAAAUCCAUUUGGAGUCAUAUUAGUUAGUGCCUACAAAUCCAAAAGGAACAAAUACAUUUCAGUAGAAGCUCUGGUAUUUUACAAGCCAUAUGUGUUUGUUUAAACCUUUUUUCUCAACAAUAAAACUAUGACAAUCAAAAAACUGAGGCUGUAAAUUAUAGCUAUAAGAAAUGAGUAAUGUCUGUUGGUUUUAAAGAAAAUGCCACGUUUAUUACAAAAUAUGUAUGGAAAUAAAAUUGAUA